UCGGAAAUUUUGUUAGGGGGGUCGCGUCGUUUGAGAACCCCUCACAAGGGUUGGCUCGCGAAAUUUGAUUAUGGCCUAUGGGGUUCGGUAAUAUUUGGUAAUGAGUCGCCAUCGUUAUAUAGACGGGAGAGAGUGCGAAAUCGGAGAGUGGUAGGUUGGAAAUGCAUGGGUGGUGGCGCGGUAGGUGGGGCUGCUUCGCAGUGCGAAGGGUAUGGACGUUGCGGUUCUCGCAAUUACCUUCAGCCACGCGUCAGUAGUUGGAGCCUCCCGCAACUUGAGAGGCCGACAAAAAUGCGAUGCCACACGUGGGGCUUCGAGACGGGGGGAGUGGGGGCGGAGGUAUCCGCCGGAGGACCCCGAUUCACGGGGUGGUUCGUCGGGUGGAGCGGGUGGGUUCUCCCCUUCUGAGGGUCCGCUCCUCCUCUACUCCCCCUUCGAAGGGAGUCUGCGGAGAACACCCCCUCAGCGCCGUCACCGAGCCCCGAUCCGAGCUACCCGGCUCAGCGAAAACUGGAAGGCCCCUCCCAGAGACGGCGUUCAACGUCCCGACCUACCCAGCUUGGUGCCGCGGGGAACCCCUCCCUUUAAUCCUUUUUACUUUUCAGCAAGCAACCAUGGCAGGGCUUAAAUGCAAUUCUAUUCCGGAGGCUAAGCGGCCCCCAAUCGAAUCUCCAAGGGGAGGAGGCACAAUUAUGAGUCCGUCGUGUGGCGAAGUCUGCGCAUCGCCUCCGAGCGUGCCAGAGCAACUCCAACUCCAGCGAUUGCAAUGAGCACUCCAGGAGGAUGGUGCCUUCGAGGAUUAGUAGUUGCCCGCCAUACGUCGGGGCACUGCCCUCCCGACGGGGCAAAGGUUUCAGCUGUUGCCCUCUCCACGAUGACGUCGCAGAGAGGGACGAGGGAUUGACUGAGCAGCAGGGCCAGCCAACGCUUGGAUCUUCAAGAUCGUCAACCGUGUAUCAACAUGGCCAACAACAAUCUUAAUAACAUCCCACCUCUGGCAGUUAUGGAGAGUAACGACGACCUGGGGGGGAAAACCACCGGCGUCCGUCGACGAUUUUUUAGGUUAAAAUUUCACACGGAAAUAUGGGUUAGUAAUUUCCGAAAAAUAAAAAUAAAAUAGCUGUAUUUUUAAUUAAUGAAGUAAAACAAAUAAUUGUUAAUGAAUUUCGUACCUCAGGAAUAUUGUGAUAGAUCAUAUAAAGAAAAGUCUGUUAAUUAUUAUGAAAUAUAAAAUCAUCUAUGUCCAUGUUAAAUAUGAGUCUCGUUAAAAUAUAAUAUAGCGUAACAUUAUUAAUGUUAAAAUAUAAUUAUCAGAAAAACUUAAACGUACGAAGGUAUUUGAAAAUGUGAAAUAUUAAGUAGACAAUAGAGAAAAACACUGUUUAUGUAAAAUAAGAAAAGUAGGUGAUCACCGGAGACAAGAAGUUUGUGAUGAAUUUGACAAUAAAAAAAAAAUAAUGGACCUUAUAAAAUGUCUAAACUAAUUUGUUUGCGUUCCUUUUUCCCAUUGUCUUUUUCUUAUAUACUUUUCUAUUUUUCGUUUUUAUUUAUUCAAAGGUUAUCUUGUUAAUAUACCUAACUUAAAGAAACCCCAAGGAAUACCAAUAUCUGCGGUCAA